ACCGAUCCUGUGAAGCCCGUCAACCACCCUCUCUCUCUCUCUCUCUCUCUCUCUCUAUUUACUCACAGUGAUUCUAUUUUCUCUCUCUAUCUAUCUCUUGUAUCUCACUCCCCAAAUCCAUAUUCUGUAGUCAUUUUCCCUUGCCAUUAACUCCACAACUCUCUCCCCCUCCAUUGCUUCAUCUACACUCUCUCUCUCUUCUGUGUAGCUCUCCCACCCAAACCUAACGUUAAAUCUGAGCAUUAAUUUUGUGUGUGUAUAUAUAUAUAUAUAUAUAUAUAUAUAUAUUUGUAUAUGCCCUUUGCCGUUAUGUGUUAAUGGGAAAUUGCUGCAGGGUUUGUAUAUAUAGUUCCUAUGGUUGAUCUUCGAACCCCAUUAGCCUGAGAGAGGGAGAGAUGGAGGUGCAGCAAUCGCGGACGGAAAAUCGGGCCAUGACCUUCGACGAGGUGUCCAUGGAAAGAAGCAAGAGCUUUGCCCGGGCCUUGCAGGAACUCAAGAACUUACGACCUCAACUUUAUUCUGCUGCUGAAUAUUGUGAAAAGUCUUACCUUCAUAGUGAGCAAAAACAGAUGGUACUAGACAACCUGAAAGAUUAUGCAGUAAGAGCACUUGUAAACGCUGUUGAUCACCUUGGUACCGUUGCAUACAAAUUAAAUGACCUUCUUGAGCAGCAAACCCUAGAUAUUUCGACAAUGGAGCUAAAGGUUGUCUCUCUAAAUCAGCAACUUCUUACCUGCCAAACAUACACGGAUAAAGAAGGUCUUAGGCAGCAGCAAUUGUUAGCAUUCAUCCCAAGACAUCACAAGCACUAUAUUUUACCAAAUUCUGUCAACAAGAAGGUACAUUUCAGUCCACAAAAUUGGACAAAUCCUAGGCAAAAUCAUAUUCAAGCAAGAGCUUAUCUUCAUCCCUCAGAUACCCCUGCAUCAAAAACUCUUUCCUGGCAUUUAGCCUCAGAAACAAAGUCUACCUCAAAAGGGAGCCAACAUGCUGCGACAAGCUCUGAAGAUGCAAAAACUUCUGGAAAAACUUCUGGCAUCUUUCAUCUUUUGAAUGCUGAGGAGAGCACACGGACAAGGUCCCCAGCAACUCAUCUUCAGUUGCAGAGUGGUGCCCCUGCUACCAGUCCCAUUAUGCAAACAUUCGGUCUCACACGAAGGGGGUUUUCAGAGGGCUCCAAACCUUUGACGGCUUUAAGGUCAUUUGGUCAGGCACAUCGGCAUGAGAUUGUCCGUGCACCUGUUCGCAGCAAAAGCAUGCUGUCAACUUUCUUUGUUAAACAGAAAACAAAGUUGAAGACGAGCAGAGUCUCAUGAUUCAAGGUUGAAGCUAAUCAAGGAACCUUCUUAUCAUCUGUUCAUUUGUUGCUCGAUAUUGACUUCUCCUCAUUUCUCCAAUCCCUUUUUGGCUGUUCAAUUAUAAGCAAAAGGUAGAGCUUCUGUUAAUGAAGAUGAUCAGAAUCGUCUGCCUGUGGAAUGGAUUCCUACAGAGACUAGUUGGUGCAAGUUAUUCAAAGCCUGGUGUGAGAUCUGAUUGUGAUUUAUCAGUGUUGAGAAGCAUGUACAUUGUUAUUCAUGAAAAUGGUUUGUAUUGAUAUAGUUACAUUGUCCAUGGGAUGAUCUGUCAACUACGUUGGAUUAGCUGCAUUAGCCUGUCAAAUUUUCAGAUGUUCAUGGGAGUGACUCUUGUAAAUUUGUUCAUCAUAAUUUCUGUGAAGACAGCUUGAUGCCAGAGACUUUAUGAUGGCUAUCGAGAGCCAUGCAUCCAUAUUUGUGCUUUUGGGUUGCUACAUAUGCCUUUUUCUUAGGCUUUAUUUUGAUGAUUUUAUUCAUGUCCA